AUGCCGCGGGGCCGACCUCGCAAACUGAGAGUUAAAAGCAACGAGGAUACAGAUGCUGAUCCCAAUAAAGCUGAGAGGUUCAAUGACGGAGAGCUCAAGGACAAGAAAUGCACAACCUGUACUCAAUCCUUUUCAUCUGAGAGUCAGCUGCAGAAGCACUUGCGCGAACAUGAGAGUGACAAGCCUCACCGAUGUGAGCAAUGUCCACAAAGCUUCAAUUUGGAGUUUAAUCUUACCCUUCACAAGUCAACGCAUAGCACUUCAGACUUUGCAUGCCCGGUCUGCCACAAGAAGUUUUCACGCAUUGCUAGCCUCAAAUCUCACCUGAUGUUACAUGAAAAGGAGGAGAAUUUGAUGUGUGCAGAGUGCGGGGAUGAGUUUGUCCUUCAGAGUCAGCUCUCCCUUCACUUGGAGGAGCACCGUAAAGAGUUGUCUGGUGCCAAGGUCUUCAACUGUAAGUCCUGUCAUGAGGAGUUCAGGACGUCAGCGUAUCUCAAGGAGCACAUGAAGACUCAUGUUAAGAUCAGAUCACUUUCCUCGUCUUUCAGAAAUUAUAAGAAAAGUAUUGAUCGCAGUGGCUUCACAAAUAGCUGUCUCCACUGUGGAAAAACGUUCAAAAAACCCAGUCAACUGGUCCGACACAUCAGGAUACACACAGGUGAACGUCCCUUUAAAUGUUCACACUGUGGAAAAGCAUUUAACCAGAAGGCGGUGCUGCAGACCCACAUGGUGAAGCACACUGGUGAAAAGCCCCACCUGUGUAUAUUCUGCCCUGCAUCCUUUUCUCAAAAAGGAAACCUGCAAUGCCAUGUUCAGAGAGUUCACUCUGAGGCGAAAGGCGGCAUGUUUCCAUGCAUGGACUGCAGCUGUGUGUUUAAAAAAUUGGGCAGCCUCAAUGCCCACAUCAGCAAAAUGCAUAUUUCUGUCAUGGAUGUUCCCUCCAGUGCAUCGGAAACCGAAGCAUCAGGCCAAGUACCUGAGGGCGGGGAGGGGGUCACCGAUGUCAUCCAACAGCUGUUAGAGCUGUCCGAACAGGUGAGCGGAGAGACCUGCCAACCCCCACCUCCUGAGCCAGCUAUUCCCAUUGAGACAGCUAUCAAUCAGGAUAUUCUACAGCAAGCUCUGGAGAACAGUGGCUUAAGUGUUGUACAGCCUGAAGACAAUGCCACUCAACGGCUGACGCAAAACAUUCACAAUAACAGCAGCCACAACACACAUGCACCAAUGGUGUCAAACAAGAAAGUUCUGGAGCGAAUGAGGGAGAAGAAAAGGAAUAUCUUCAAGAAGCCUAUACAAAUGCCAGGUACCAUACGGGAGGAAAAUGGUGUCCGCUGGCACGGCUGUCCAUACUGCUCCAAAGAAUUCAAGAAACCCAGCGACCUUGUACGGCACAUUCGCAUCCACACCCAUGAGAAGCCGUUCAAGUGCAAACAGUGCUACAGAGCUUUUGCAGUGAAGAGCACCCUCACCGCACACAUGAAAACGCACACUGGUAUUAAGGCCUUUGAGUGCCAAAGCUGCCUCAAGUGCUUCUCCACCUCUGGCAGCAUGAAGGUGCACAUGCGGCUGCAUACAGGUGUGCGACCUUUCCCUUGCCCACACUGCGACAAAAUCUUCCGAACAUCAGGACACAGGAAAACUCACAUUGCUUCACACUUGAAAAGUGCUCAACAGAAAAAGCACAAGUUUCCUCGAAAAGCCAACAAAACCAAAGUGCCCAAGACUAAUGUGCCUCUCCCCGAUAUCCCUUUACAAGAACCCAUACUCAUUACUGAUUUUGGCCUUAUCCUCUCCCAGACCCCUCGCUUGGCAUUCCAACAGUAUCUAGAUGUGGUUAAUACUGACAGGCCCUUUAAGUGUCAGUUCUGUAAUAAGGCUUACAAGAAAUCCAGCCAUCUCAAACAGCAUGUCAGGUCUCAUACUGGAGAGCGGCCAUACAAGUGCGGGCAGUGCAGUCGUGGCUUCUCAUCGUCAGGGGUGCUUAAAGCUCACAUUCUGACACACUCUGGGCUGAAGGCGUACAAGUGCCUCAUGUGUGACACCACAUUCACCACCAGCGGGAGCCUGCGCCGUCACAUGACCACCCACAGUGACCUGAGACCGUACAUGUGCCCCUACUGCCAGAAGACCUUCAAGUCAUCCCCCAACUGCAGGAAGCACAUGAAGACACACAGAUAUGAACUGGCCCAGCAGCAGCUGCAGAAUCAGUCAACAGAUGACCCACUGGGGGAGACAACUGAUAUUCAGGUGGAAAUAUCCAAUGGCUCACUACAACAGGCAUCCACACCAACACGCGAGCAGCAGAGCAUGCUGGGAUUGGACCAGACUGAGGUGGUGAAUGGUGACCAACAGGUGACGCUGGAGACAACACUAGCUGACCAGCCAAUUGUAGAAGGUGAAGAUUCCUAUGUGAGCACUCAGCAUGCUUUGCCUCAGAAUAUCAGCCAAUUUGAGACCCAAGCUCUUCCCCAGCCUGGCUUUGAUCAGCAGUCUCUCACACAAGGUUUCACAAUUACUGAUCCGAGCUACAACCAGAAUCAGUUUUCCACAGUUCAGCAGCUGCAGGAUUCGAGCACACUUGAAUCACAAGCCUUGUCCAGCAGCUACCCUCCUCCCAGCCUACUGGACUCUACUGCAGAGACCAGUGAUCUUCUGCAGAACACUCAGGAUGAGUUGCAGCUGACUACAGAGGACUAUCAGGAUGACAGUGAAGAUAACAGCAAACGAAUGCACAGGUGCAGUUGGUGUAAAAAGGGAUUCAAAAAGUCCAGCCAUCUGAAGCAGCACGUGCGCUCACACACCGGGGAGAAGCCCUUCAGGUGUCCCCUCUGUGGCCGAUCGUUUGUGUCGUCCGGGGUUCUCAAGGCACAUCUUAACACACACACAGGUGUGAAGCCUUUCAAAUGUAAUGUUUGUGAUGCCACGUUCACCACCAACGGCAGCCUGAGCCGGCACAUGGUCACACACAUCAAGUCGUACAAGUGCAGCAUAUGCGGAGACAGCUUUAGGACCAGUCUGCUGUGUAAGAAGCACUUGAAGAAAGAGCACUCCAUCGAUGAAACAGGCCUUGAAAGCCACCCCGAGGAAGAGGAAGAUGAUGACGACGAUGAUGACGAAGAUGCGGAUGCAAAGGCCUCAAAGCGGAGGAGUAUGGAGAUCAUCACUUUCACCGUGGAGCAGACAGCAGAACUGGCUAAAGACCCGGGGGAGGAUGCCUCUGUUUCUGAGCGCAUCCUGGCUCAGUCUGCAGCAGAGCGAGACCGCAUCAGUGAAAUCAAAGACAAGGUCGUUGAGCUGGAGACUGAGCCCAAGUUUGCAAACUGCUGUAAUUACUGUCCUAAAAGCUUCAAGAAACCCAGCGAUCUUAUCAGACACAUCCGAAUACAUACUGGUGAACGGCCGUACAAGUGUGAAGAAUGCGGAAAGAGCUUUACUGUCAAAUCUACUUUGGACAGUCACGUUAAGACUCAUACAGGCCAAAAGCUGUUUAGCUGUCACAUGUGCAACACCUCCUUCUCCACAAAGGGCAGUCUGAAGGUCCACAUGCGCCUCCACACCGGCUCCAAACCUUUCAAGUGUCCAUUCUGUGAACUGCGAUUUAGAACUUCAGGCCAUCGCAAGACCCACAUCCAGUGUCAUUUCAGACCAAACAGUGAGCGCAAGAACAAGCGCUCGGCCUCAGCACACACUCAGUCCAACAACUCACACACCCAGGUUUCUGUGGAGGGUCAAACAACAGGAGCUACAGAUCUGCAGUCCGUGGGCUUGCUCCAAACUGCAAACAACGAUGCAAACAUUUACCUGCAGACCAACCUCACAGGACUAGACCAGAACCUACUGCAGCCCGGGCUGGUCGGCCAAGCCAUCCUCCCAGCCUCAAUGUCCGCAGCAGGAGACCUCACUGUCUCUCUGUCUGAUGGCCUGGCAACACUGGAGGGAAUCCAGCUGCAGCUGACCCCAGCAAACCUGGUGUGCCCCAACGUCCAGAUCUCUGGCCUUGACGCCAGCAACAUCAACAACAUCACGCUCCAGAUCGACCCAAGCCUCCUGCAGCAGACCUUACAGCAGGGUGGUCUCCUGUCGCAGCCCCUCAGUAUAGACUCUGGACACCAGCUGCUGGCCAGCUCUGACCCCACAGCGGCGGCCAGUGUGGUGCUCCACCCGCUCUCCAACUUGCCUCUACAGAACCCCACCAUCACCCCAGCACAGGUCUCGAUGGCCAGCCUCUCCCACCACGACACUGCAGUGUCUCAGGAUCUCAGUCAUGUGAUGGCCAGCUCUGGACUUGUAUCCGGAGGCAACAGCGGUCAAGAAAUCACCUUCACCUUCAAUAACUCCAGUCUAUCACAGGCCCUCGCCCAAGUCCAGGCUCAGGCUUCUGCCGUGGGCUCUGUCUCUGCAGCUGGAGGCACUCAAGAAAUCACUCUCACAAUAUCAGGUCAAGAUUUGUUGCCACAGCAUAAUAACUCCGGAGGUGCAGAGAUUAACGGCAGCAUCAGACUGGCCUCACCUCUCAACAGUCAGUCCACCAACGCUACGCUUACCAUGUCUAAUGACCACCUCCUACCCCAGAGUCCAGCCAACAGCGGACUGGAAGUCACAAGCCUCCCAGGCAGCUCAGCCCUAUCCCACAGCGCUGAGUCUCAGACUCUGGUGAUGUCCCCCGCCACAUUGGCCAGUGACGGCAGUGUGACCUUGACCCUCACUGACGCUCAGGGCAUGUUGGAUGGAGUCACCCUCAACCUCAAUACGCAGGGUCAGAAUUUCCCUGCUGUGCUGAGUGAUUCCACGCUACAGGGACAACACAGCGCCUCUGGUCAGCAGGUCAUUCUGAUUGCCGAGGAGACUCAUAAAGGGCUGAAGGAUGUAUCUCUAGAAGCAGACUCCAGAAACCAGUGCUUCUUCUGUAACCAGAUAUUCACAAAUUCCAACUUACUGCGGCGCCACUGUAAACAGGCUCAUGGCAAGGACCGCUGCCACGUCUGCCCAGUCUGCAAUAAGGCUUUUAAACGGGCCACGCACCUAAAGGAACAUGAGCGGGUGCAUCAGCCCGGCCCCUCCCCCAGCUCCCAGAAACCCCGUGUCUUCAGCUGCUCCUCCUGUUCCAAGGCUUUCGCCAAACGCAGUCAACUGGAGAGGCAUAAUCGCACACACACAGGUGAGCGGCCGUUUAAAUGUCCUCAGUGUGACAAGGCGUUCAACCAGAAGAGCGCUCUGCAGGUGCACAUGGUCAAACACACGGGGAAGAAGCCCUUCAAAUGUGAGGUGUGCAGCAUCCGCUUCACUCAGAAGAGCAACAUGAAGCACCACAUGAAGAGAGCGCACGCAUACGGUCAGAUCCACGACGUGUCCCUGGGCCAGGACGACACGGCGCCCCCUGAACUGGAUCUGGAGGUGGUUCCUGAGUCUUCGGGACACUGGCACGUUUUCUCAUAA